AUGAUGUCGAAUAUAUCUCGUCGCAGGCUAUCUCAAGCAGCAAUCUACUUUCUCCCAUUCUCGUCAAGGUCAAGGACAGCGUAUGCUGCUUCCAACUAUCCCAAGAAUUCCCUUUUGUUUUCACCUGCCAAACGACGGAUUUUCCGAGGCGUACAAUCCUUUUCGACAAAAUCUACCAGCAACACCAACUCAGCUGCUGGCCCAGAGGUGUUAUCGGCGUUGCAGAAUUUGGCAUUUCGACUAGAAGAAUGGGAGCCCAAUCUAUCCGAGCGUGAGCCUUUGUCAUCAUCUGCUACCUCCCUAAUUGCCAGCCCAGCAUCGUCCGUAUUACAAACUACCGAUGACAACAGCACACCCGUGCGUUCCAUAGAAGAAUAUGCAAGCCUCUUUUGCACUGGGUAUGUUCAACUGCCUCCCCUCAAACUGGGAUGGAAUGCAACGGCCUUGGCGUCUCCACAAGACGACAUUCCGACUUGGGAGUGUCCGCGCAGCGCCGCACUCCUGUUUCUGGCUCAAGACUGCGGGCCCCCCAGCAGCACAGCUUCCAUUUCGACUGUUGUGGAACAGUUGCAAAAUCGUCAUAAUCAACAAGACGACAACAACUCUACUACUACUGCUGCUCUACUGCUGCAACAACUAAAGCUACUCUGGACUCCCAAAUUUGAAGAAAUCUUCCAAAUUCUAAUAGAGAAUAAUUCACAAGAGACACUCGCCAUGCUGGUGGCGCUACGAGGGGAUUUAUUGCAACUCUUGUCGGUGUUACCAAAACAACAAAGUCAACAAUCACUCAAACAGUCUCUGAUGCAACUGGAGAAUCAUUUGAGAAGACUCUUGUCCGCUUGGUUUAGUCCAGGAAUGCUACAGGUUCGUCGCUUCACCUAUGAGACAACCUCGGCAGGCCUCAUUGAAAAGAUUGCCAUCAAGGAAAAGGUUCAUCCCAUGAAAUCCUUGGACGAUUUACGGCGUCGAUUGGGACCAAGACGACGGGUCUUUGGUCUCUUUCAUCCACUCCUUCCAAAUGAACCUCUCGUCAUUUUGCAUGUGCAUUUGGAAACCAAGCAGAACGAUGAUGCAAAAAGUCAUAUUCCCUCUACCAUGCAACAUGUGUUGCAAGAAGAUGACGACAGGACGGAAUUGGACUCACAACCAACAGUCGCUACGUUUUACUCCAUAUCCAAUACACAACAGGGCCUGACCAGGGGUCUAGGCCUCGGGGAGUUCCUUAUCAAACAAGCGGUGCAACAACUGAAACAAGAGUUUCAUUCGGGAAGCAUAGGGACAUUCGUCACCCUCUCGCCCAUGCCAGGGUUUCGGAAAUGGGUGGAGGAUUUGGUGGCAUCAUCAGUAUUGGAGACAAACGAAGACGACCAGCAAAUGUCCAAGCGACUAUCGGAUCAUUGGGAUCUUCCUAGCACUACUGUGGAAGAUAUAAUAUCCAAGCGUCCAUUAUUGGAGCAGCUCUUGAUGGAUACCAAAAGUGGUGGCAGUGGUGCGGAAUCAAUCCAAGAGCAGCUAGAAUCGCUGCAACCUACACUGAUGCACCUGGCGGCUCACUACUUGGUAGUGGCCAAAAAUGUGCGUUCGGGCAAACCGUUGGAUCCAGUCACUGGCUUUCAUGUUCACAAUGGUGCAGAGGUUUUCCGCAUCAACUAUGCAGCCGAUAUUUCGUCCAAGGGCCUCUUACGAAGCUUUGGCGUCAUGGUGAAUUACCGCUACCAGUUGGACAAGAUAGAAUCCAACAAGGCUGCCUUUGAAUCGUCCCACUUUCAAGACGUGCCCAUGACGAGCAUGGUUCAAGACCUGCUACUACUCUAG